AUGUUAGAUACUCUUUACGUUUCUCAGCGGGCAGCAAACGCCAUAGUAGCCGACGUUGCUCCUUAUAGAAUUUCCGCUGAAGCUUUAAUUUCAAUAAACACUUUUCUCGAUGAAUUCUUGUAUUUCGUUAUAGACUCGGCCAGGUCUUUGGACUUGGUUAAAAUAAAACAAUCAAUUUCUCAAGUGUUACCUACAACAUUGGGAAAAAAUGCUAUACAAGAAGCUGAGCUUGAACUUAAAACUUAUGUGGAAAGCGGAAACUCCGAUAGUACCCAAGAAAAAACUAUAGAAAUAACUCCUUUUCCUCUGCAAAAAGUAUUCGAACAGUUUCGUGCUAAAUGCCAAUUCUUCAGUACUCUAGGGGAACGUGGGAUUGAUGAACGUGAUUCUAAAAUGGCUCCUAAUUUAUAUGCUAAUGAAGGAAUUCAUAUCGCUCCUAGUUUAGCUAUUUAUUUAACCGCUGUUUUAGAAUAUGUUGGUGAACAUGUAUUAAUAUUGGUGGCUAAAGCUACCGAAAAACAUGGUACAGGUGUGGCUAAAAUGAAAGAAGUUUACACUGCUUUGGUAGAAGAUAAUCAAAUAAGAGCUGUAUUUCGACGAACCAGUCUUAAAGUUGAACUGGAGGAAAAAUUACAAAUUAAAACUCCGGCGUCUCCCAUAUCUCCUAAAUUUACUUAUUCUGAGUCUAUUAAAUCUCCUAAAUACCCCAAUUCUGAGUCUAUUAAAUCACCUCGUUUCGCAAACCAUAUAUACGACGAAGAGACUUUGCUUCGGUCACCAACUCUUAAUAAUGGAAGACCAUUGUCUGAUGGAGUUACACAACAGAGCAGCAAAAACUCUUCUCCAAGAUCUCCAGACGGUGAUAGUUUGGAAUAUAAUAUGAGGUCAACGAGAAGUAUGCAAAGCUUACAAUAUUCCAGUGAAAAAGAUGAAAUGAGAAGCCAUUCUAGAGCGGCGAGAAAUUUUGAAGAUUUAUUAAUCGAAAAUAAUAAAACGGUCAAAAUUUCUUUAACUUCAAAUAGACUUAAAACAAUUGAGACGAAUAAAAGGCAACCUAAAUUUGAACCGCAAAGUCUUUAUGAAUUUUUAAAAAAUACUGAUCCGGAUGAUAUUUUCGGUGAUUCAAAAAUUAAAAAAAAAGAUUCAAAAGUGGACCUCAUUCAAAAACGUGGAAAGGAUAUCAACAAAUUGAAUUCUGUACUUGAACUUCCGGCUAAACCACCUACUAAUAAACCUAAAUAUAUUCCGUUAAUUCCUCCUGGAACUGAUAUUAGAAGUAUAACUUCUACUACUUCGCAACCUGAAUCUUCUUUGAAUCAUAAUAAAUCUAUGGAUCAAACUUAUUAUAAUAAUAAUGCCGCGAGCAAGAGCACAAGUCAUCUUCAAAAUGGUAAAAAAGCCGCUCCUGUAAAACUAAGACCGAGACCUGAACCAUUAUCUUUAAAUGAUGAUGAUGAUAUAUUUUAUACUGAUGGUCAAAAACGUCCAAGACGACGUCAAACUCAAGAUCUAAUAGAUUUUUUAAAUUCGGAACCACCAUCUGAUAUAUCAACUUCAUCUAUAAACAGCCCUCCAUCCGAAAGUGGUAAAAAAUCGGAAAAGAAAUUCAAGAAAUUCUUCUCUAAAUUGAUGAAACAACCGUCAAAUGAAAGUUUAAAUAACAAAGACUUUGAUCAAAGACCGCUAAAAACUCCAAAUACUCCUAAUAGUUAUGUUUCAACUACGAGUACUUUGGUUAAUAAUAAGUCUCAACCAAAAUAUGUCAAGAUCCAGAUACCACAGAUACCAGAUAAAGAAACUCAAGAACAAAGUAUUUAUGAUCAAGUACAGAUUCAAGGAAGACAUGCUCGUCAUACAUCACGUAAUAGCUUAACAGGUUCUGCUCGUACACAAUCGCCAAAUAAAUCCAUGUUUUCUACUGCUUCUAUGACUGGUACAUUGAGUAGUCCGACUAUUAACGAAAAUAACGAACUUGAAAACUAUUAUGAUGAUGAUGAACAUUCUAAUCAGUUUAUUAACGCUCGACAACAGAAAUCUCAAAUACAGUCAGAACAACAAAAAGAUGUGGUUAAAUCGUUAUCUAAACAGCAGACAACGCCAAUUUCAUCAGAUAAUAAUAACUUACAGUCAAAUAAAACGCAACUUGAACAACAAAAGAAUUUAGUUAAAAAAUCAGAUGAUCAACCUAAACG